CUAAGCGAGGAGGCGAAAGCGAAGCUCCAGACGUUCUUCAAGCACGUCCGGUAUCUCAUCAUCGACGAAUAUUCCAUGCUCGGGAAGGCCUUCUUUGCCAAACUGUCGAGGAACAUCAGCAUUGCGAAACAACAGCCGGACCAUCAUCAAUUCCCACCUGUAAUGGGAGGCGAGCGUGAGGCAUUGUAUUGGCCAUGCAAUCCAGCCAACCAAUCCGUCGAAGCGCAGCUGGGACGAGCUAUAUUCGAGGAGUUCCGGGAGGCCGUGAUUUUGCGCGAGCAGAUGAGGGUGACGGACACUGUUUGGCGGCAGUUCUUGAGAAAUCUGCGAUUCGGGCGCGUUCAGCAAGAGGAUUUGGACAUGCUGCGACGGCAGAUCGUCUCACACAAAGACUGUCCACCCACCGAUUUCAGAAAAGAACCGUGGUCCAAUGCAGCACUUGUCACACCGCGACACGGUGUCAGGGAGAAAUGGAAUGCACAGGCCGUACAGGAGCAUUGUCGACGUCGCGGCGCGCGACGAUAUGUCGUCAGAGCGGAAGACACCAUCAAUAACCGAGGGAGACGGAGGGACUUGACACUAGAAGAACAGAUAGAGGUGCAAAAAAGGCGCUUGAAGUCAGGACGAGAAGAUAAACGCAACAGUCUCCCUGAUGUGGUAGAAAUCGCAAUUGGUAUGAAGGUCAUGGUGACGACGAACCUGGAGACAGACCUUGACAUUGCGAAUGGGGCGAGGGGCACUGUGGUUGGCAUUGUCUUACACCAGGCAGAGGGAGUCGUCGGGGACGGAGAUACUGUGACGCUUCAUCACAUGCCGCCGUAUAUCCUCGUGAGGCUGGAUAGGACGAGGGCG